AUGGAGUCAGGCCCAUCCCGCAAACGCUUACGGCGGAGCACCCGAAGCUGCUACCAAUGUCGUGUGCGCAAGGUCAAGUGCCAGCUCACUGACGAGGUUGUGCAGACUUGCUCGGAAUGUCUUAAAACCGGAGCAAAAUGCAGCCUUCGAGCCCCAAGGGAUGAGAUUCGCAGUGAGAACUCUGCUGCUGAAAAUGGCUUGCAACACCAUGAGUCGAGGUUGGAGCGCAUCGAGUCGCUCCUGCAGAGACUUGUUGAAGCACAAGAACAGACACGGCCACCGGAACGCCCGUGUCAAGAGGACCUCUCAAUCCCUAUAACUCUAUGGGAUGAUUUUACGACACGCCAAGGGACUUGCCCAAUAGUCGAUGCUCCGGGGUGGCCAAGUUCUCAACCGGAUGAUCUCUCAGAGACAAAGCAGUCACUUCUGGCACUUUUGCCGACUACAGAGGAAGCAUUAGCCAUAGUGGCAAGUAGCACUGGCUUGCGUUGGGGCGCCGAAAACCCUCCUGGAAGCGUUUUGAACACGAGCGAUGCAGUCCAGCUGCUCGAAUCUUCUACCAUUGCCAGGAGCAGCGCGAUCCAUAUUGCCAAAGUGUUGCUCCUGUUUGCGCUGUAUAUGCAACAACUUCCGCCAAAUUCCGACUCUCACUCUGGGGACUUGAAAGACAUCGAAUCAUCAAUAGCGCUAAUCGUGGAACGCGUCAAGCUAUUCAUCCUGACUCACGAAGACGAGGCUUGCUCCAUAGAAGGUCUAGAGUGCUUGGUUCUUCUAGCCAAUAUUCAACUCAAUGACUGCGCUACUAGGGAAGCGUGGAGAACGUUCCGGACUAUCCAGGACCUUGGCAGGUUGGAGGGCAUUCACAAGAGCUUCUCCCUCUCGGCACGUAAUUCAUCCUCUAUUGAGGUGGCACUCCGACGACGAAUCUGGUUAUCAGCCGUGUGUGGCGACUGCUGGUGCAGUCUCUGCCUCGGUCUGGAGCCUGGGCUUGGUAUUGCGCCGUUUGGCGUGGAAGACGAAGCGUGGAUCGAUCCGUUUGCAGACUUUGACGCCAACGUCCAACGACGGAUUAGCCUGAUCCUCGCCCGAGUCGCGCAAAGAAAUGCCAUCGGUCUAUACGGUGACAUCAAAGUCCUGCAAGAGAUAGACGAAUCGUUGGAUAGACUGCAAGCUUGGCUGCCUUCUUCUUGGUGGCAAGCCCCGUCUUUCUCCAACGAUCGACCUCUCGACUCGGCUUCGGAGCCCAACCGGCUGAUAUGCCAGCUAUGGUUUCACCUAACUCGGCUCUACGCUCACAUGCCCAUUGCCUUUGAAGACGGGAGCAUUCGGUCAGAACGAAGUCUCGAGAUAUGCAUCGAAGCAACAAGAUUCAUAAUCACCCGGUAUCUCGGAUUACGGCAUGCUCACGAUCAACUCUCGCGGUGCAAGGGCGUGGAGCACCUGGUAUUCUUGGCCGCCUUGGUGCUGUUGCUUGGUAAGGUGCAGUUCCGGCAACAUAAAUUGCCAUCAAUAUCUUCUACAUACGAUUCAGAUCGGGUCAUACUAGAGCAGGUCAUUGAAACGUUCGGUGCUCUCUCCAAGAAAAGUAUUGGUGGCUGCAUUUCAACACAGAGUGCCAACAUCCUCUCCGAUCUGAUCGAACUUGAUGACAGCAGCCUAGAAGGAGGUACAGGCUCAACCCAUGUCGUCAACCUUAGCAGGGAUGCUUGCUUGGAUGCCAAAACGAGAAGGCGCGGUAUGGAAGAUAUCAUUGUUUCGUCUAUCCUGCCGUCCCUGGGCGCAGAAAGCCCAGCCUCUCGGCUUGUUCACUCGCUUCUUGGAGAUGUCAGUAGAUUAUCACAAGAACUGAAAGCUAGCCAAGCUUAUGCUAUUUGUCAAGCAACGAAUUUGUCAAACGGCACAGUAAAUCCUACAGCACUACCGAAAAUCUAG